AAGGACACAAGCCGGCCUCGAUCUGAGCUAGUCGUGCAGAACGAGCAGCUGCUGGAGCUUCACUGGACCAAACCCAGUCCAAUCCGAAAAAUCCCAUCAUGAGGAGAUCGAGUCUGUGUGUCCUGCUGGUGCUUCUGGGGUUCGGAGGCGUUUCUGCUUCAUCAGAGGGCCCACAGUGCACAGAGCCAAAAGAUGAAGGAAAAGGAAAAGCAAGAGUGUUGAAUUAUUUCUAUGAUCCACAGUUACAGCACUGCGUCCCGUUCUUCUAUAAAGGCGCAGGCGGCAACAGCAACCGUUUCAACAGCGAUGAAGCCUGUGUGAAAGCAUGUUUACCCAAUGGAGAUGAAAUGUACCCGGAUGAGGAUAAAGUCUGUUCUCUGCCAAAGGACCAAGGCACCUGUUUCGGCAUCAUUCCCAAGUUUUAUUACGACAAUGAAGAGAAAAUUUGCCGUACUUUCUUAUAUGGAGGCUGCCGAGGAAACGGCAACCGUUUUGAUACUCUAGAGGAUUGCAAGAACAUGUGUCUCGCACGGUCUGGACGGCUGUUGGGAGCUGCAGACCUUCCAAACCCUGAUGAGAAGACUGUUGAUACAGGGCUGAUUGUAGGUAUUUUGGUUGGGAUUGUGUUCGCUGGUGCUGUCAUUUCUGCGAUUGUGAUGUUUGUGCUCCGAAAGAAAAGCAAGAAAGCACAAAGAAAGCUAGUGCCGGCAUCUGAUAUCGAAAUGAAAUAGAUCUUCGUUCACAACAUUUGUCUGUACAUAUGUCAUUUGUGAUUUUGUACCAUUACAAGUCAUGUUUGGACAGUAAUAGAUCAACUGGGUUUAAAUGAUGCAUGUGAUAAUGUUUUGUUUGAAUAGAAAGGUUCAACAAUGUAAAGCACUUAUACAUUAAAAUUAAUUAUGUUAUAUAUAUAUAUAUAUAUAUAUAUAUAUAUAUAUGAUGGCAGAUAUCUGAUGUAUGAGUUUCACAGAUGUACCUGAUCAAAUGUACUGUACUUAUUAUGAUGAUGUAACAAAUGAAUCAUAACUUUUCUGUUUUAUAUUGUUUUUAACAAGAGAUUGUAUUAAUACCAAAAAUAAUAAAGACCAAAAAAAAUUA